GUAUACCGCAUCAAUUACGUAUAGUGUAUUCAUACCGUGCUAUCAACCUAGAACGCAGUGCAGAGAAGUUGACUCGAUGCGCCGAGCGUGUUUAUGUGAUCGUUGAAUACAACACGCGUUUGCUAACUUUUGCAAGUCCCACGGACAUACACUGAGAUACUAUUGAAGCCUGCUUGUGGCUGCGGUCACCAAUUUGCAGCGUUUCGUUGCCGCAUAAAGCUCGCGGGUACCUGCGUGCUGAGUGUCAGCUAGUUACUGCGACCGUUAAAAGGACAAGCAGUCGAGUCAGGCCCUUCCACCGCCGACCAGCCCGCGGCCCGGCACAGUACCGGCCCAGCCACCAGCAGGAACGCGUGUUGACAGCGUGCCAGUUCAUGGCCGCUAGACCUCCUGCGCGGGCGGUGGCACGCUCACGCAGCGCAAAUGAUCGUGGGGGCGGUGAUGGUGAGAGCGUGUACGCUCUAGGGCAGCGCCUGGGAGCAGGCAUGCCCAGCGCAACACCCAAAACGAUUGUAUACAACAUCGCGCCUGACCUGCCGUCUACCCCCGGCGGUGGCGGACUUCCACCCACACCCGGAGGCGGCGCAAAGCCGCCACGGCCACAUGCAUCGGCAGCUGACAGCUCGCAGAUCGAGAACAUUAUGAAUCCGGUCAGGGGGCCUCGUGACGCGCAAAUCCGUGCCGGUAUCACGCCAACCAACCACGCGAGGCAGAACGCUCAGGCCGUGCGGGAGCAGAGCAACAUGAACGCCAUGCGCAAAGCAGCAGAGGCGCACCAGGACACCAAGGGGCUUAAGCUUCCGCCGGUCCGCAGCACGUCCGCGCCCUCUCAACGGGGGCUGCAACGGCGGCCCAGCAGCAGCAGCGGGCGGGAUUUCGUGGCUGAGAACCGGGUGGGCGCUGCCGCGCCGAUGCGGCCGCCGCGCCUGGAGAAGAGGGACAGCGCGGACAAGUACAUUAACAAGAAGGACUAUGGCCAGGUGCCGCAGUACCUCUUGGAGCGCAAGAUGCAGAUGGCUGCGGAGGUGGAGGCGCAGGCGCGGGCCAAGGAGGCUGCGCUCAUACCGCCAGGCAUGCGGCUGAUGCCGGAGGACGAGCGGCUGGAGACGCUGGAGGUGCUGAAGAAGAACCGCGAGGAGGUGGACCGCGCCAUCCAGCAGCUGCCGCUGCGCAUCGAGACGCCGUCCGCCAUCCGGCGCAAAGAGGACCUGGAGCGGCGCCUGCGCGAGAUUGAGGACGCCAUCAAGAUUUUCAGCCGGCCAAAGGUUCUGGUGCACUUGUAAGGGCUGCUCGGCACGUAGGAGGUGGUGUGGGAUGCGAUGCUUGUGGGGUGCGGCGGGCAGCAGGUGCAGGGCUACGUAGAAGCGCUUUCAGGGGGCAUGCCGUUGUCGCUGGUGCUGCCCGCCCUUCUCAGUCGGGGUUGUGUAGGCAGUGUCAGGUCAUGGCGGGGCUGGUGAAUGGGACAUCUUAGGACGAAGCAAGGCAGGCGCUUGCCGGCAGGCGCUGCAAGGGUCCGGAAGCAGCUUGGUGGGAGGCUCGGCGCGAAGCAGAAGGAGCGGUUGGUGGUGAUGGGGGAAGACGGGGCACACGUGCGGUACAGAGCUGACCCACGGUGUAAAGGCGGCAAAGAUUCGCCGGCAGGAGUACCACUGUAUGGCCCAAGCGGUGGAGCUAUUGUGUUGCUGCAGUACAAGUGUCGGGGGGCCGUGGGAAUGCGGGUCAAAAUGUGGAUGCCUGGAUGGCAACUAUGAAGUGUGAACGCGGCAACAAGUGAUGCCAAAUACUUGUCUCGCAUCAACAGGGGGCAGGAGGAGAGGGCUUUGAAAGCCUACGAUGUUUUAACGAAUGCUGACUGUGUCAGCCGCCUGCGAGGCAGUCGGUGAGAGCCUGUGAGGGCAGAGCACUGCAUCCGCUGGCACCCGGAGUGCUGUUGUGCCAGAACACGGCGGGACGGCCAGGUGUCAGAAAGCUGCAGACUACGCUUUA